AUGAAUAGCACACGUGGUGCUCCUAUAUUUAUUCGUUUAUGGACAACUUGGUGCCCUCAUUGCAGAAAAUUUGAGCCUGAUUGGAUUCAACUUACCCAAACACCUGAAGUAAACAAAUCGGUUAUGUUUGCAAGUAUCGAAUGUGAUGCAUCUAGAGCUCUAUGUAAAAAAUUCGAAGGCGAAAAUUAUCCUCGUCUUUAUUGGUAUGAUACAGAAAGUUACAAAGUAGAUAGAUACUUUGGUGAACGUUCCGUUUCUCAUAUGACUGAAUUCAUCAAAAAACAAUUUUCUCCAACUUUACUCGAAAUCAACAAUAAUCAAACAGAACUCGACGUAUACAUAAACAGAUCAAACUCUAUACCAGCAUUUGUACUCUAUCUUUCAUCUAAAAUUGACGCAGAAACUACAUUAAAGUAUAAAGAAACUUAUGUCAAUAUCAGCCAUCUCUUUAGAAGAACAGAGUUACCAUUCAUAGUUGCAUAUGACUUAAAUGAAACCACAAAGCCAGUUUUCGGAGUUUUCGCAGCUCCAGAUUAUUUCAUAGAAUAUUCUGGUGAUUUCUUUAAUAUGGAUUACGUUACAGACUUUAUUACAAAGCGUUCAUUCUCAUACCAUACAGAAUUGAACGGAUACAUACUUAAGAGCAUGGAAUUAUAUGAUUACUCUUAUUUAAUGUCGAUUGAGAGAGGAAAUCCAGAACCAAAUGACUCUCUUCUUAGAGAACUCCAUAAUGUCAUGCCAUUGACCACUCUAAACUGCAGUACUCAGAAUGGAUAUUUUUGCAAAUAUUUCGGAGUCGAUAAAGGUGAAACAGAAAGGAUGAUUGGCAUUCUCGAUUGGAAGGGAAAGCAUUACUGGAUAUAUAGAGGCGAAAUGAACAUUGAAUCAAUAAAGAAUUGGAUCAAAUCUGUUUCAGAAGGAAAAAUCAAAGGAAGUGGUCCAGGAACAGGAUUUCUGAGUAAUUUUAAGAGUUAUUAUUACGAAUAUAGAGCAGGAGGAUCAGCAAAUGUGCUUAUUAACUUCGCAUAUGUACCUCUUGCAGUUGUAAUUGUUCUUUCUAUCUUCAUUAUCAUGAAGAAUGAUGUUGAAGAAGAAAGGAAACACACAAAAAAGAUGCUUGAGAAACAGAAAGCAAGAUUAGAAGCUAUCGAAAAGCAGAAGAAACUUGAAGCAGAACAAAGAGCUAAAUCACCUGUAGAUGACCUUCAAACAAAGCCAAAGGCAGAUUAG